AUGUCUGUGCUCACAACUAUCUCUCCUAUCACCUCGUCGGCUAUUAUUACCACACCUGCUACCUCAAUUGAGGACAUUGACAACAAAAUUUUGCCUACUGCUGUUUCGGCACAAAAGAAAUGGGCUUCUACUUCAUUAGCUGAACGAAAGGCUAUUGUGGCCAAGUAUAUUGAACUUCUGAAGGAUGACGAAACUGCUACUCGUCUUGGUAAAGACAUCACCAAACAAAUGGGUCGUCCUGUCCGUUAUACCAAGGGAGAAAUAUCCACAGCAGCAUUGAGAGCAGAAGUUCUUCUUGGUUACGCUGAUGAAGCUUUGGCUCCCGUCAAUGUUGAUGAGUCGACUCGUCCUUCAUUUAAAAAAUAUCUUACAAAAGAUCCUCUUGGAGUCAUUCUUAUCAUCUUUCCUUGGAAUUAUCCCUAUCUCUGUCUUACUAAUGGUCUGAUUCCUGCUCUUCUUGCUGGAAAUUCUGUUCUUAUUAAACCGUCUCCUCAGACACCCAAUGUAGCCAAUGAGGUUGCCAAGCUGUUCAAGACUGCUGGUCUCCCCGAUGGUGUACUCCAGGUCGUUCAUUCUGGUGAUGUCCAAGUUCUGGAGGGUCUCGUUCAACGUAAAGCUGUUGCUGGAGUGGUUUUCACAGGCUCGGUCGAGGGUGGUCUAGCUGUCCAAAAGGCUGCUGCUGGUCGUACUAUUCCAAUUGCUUUGGAGCUUGGUGGAAAUGAUCCUGCUUAUGUCCGGUCAGAUGUAAAGGACAUUAAGGCUACUGCCGAAGACAUUGUUGACGGUGCUAUAUUCAACUCGGGCCAAAGCUGUUGCUCCAUCGAGAGAGUCUAUGUGGACGAGAAAGUGUAUGAUCAGUUUGUUGAUGCUGCAGUUGAAAUUGUCAAGGGAUACAAACUCGGUGAUCCAUUUGAUGAGUCCACUCAGAUUGGUCCUGUCAUUUCCGAAAAAGCUGCUCGUGGAAUCCGUGCUCAGAUCAAAGAUGCAGUGGAUCGCGGUGCUAAGAAAUUGAUCCCAUCAGAAACUUUUGCUCAAGCUGAGAAAUUGAAUCCCACUUUUGUAGCUCCUCAAAUCCUUGUGAAUCUUGAUGAGACUAGUCGUAAGUAUUUGAAAUACAGUUGGUUGGGGCGCUACUCCGGACCAUCUAUCUAG